AGUCCAAAAGGUAAACACAGUAGGAGAGAGACCACAUCAUAAAUACUAGGGUUUUAAAACCCGUAAAUAAAUAAUAAUACUUAUCAUAAUAUUCAAAAUGAUAUAAAAUUUGCAUAAAUAUGUGGUUUCUAACGUUUAUAACAUAUGUGGCGAUAAUAAUACAAGUUAUUUUUGUUACCAUUUCUAUAGCUGCUGGUUUGUAUUAUUUGGCAGAAUUAGUAGAGGAAUAUACUACAGUAGCCAAAAAAGUUAUUUGGUGGCUAAAUGCGAUUACUUUGGGAUUAUAUACUCUGUUAUGGAUAUUUGAAAGUUUUCCAACAUCCGUUGUAGUCUGUGGACUACUUGCUCAGCUAAACCAUUUUGUAAUAUUAAGAAAUUUUCCUUAUGUAGUGUUCCUAUCUUUGGAAUUUAUCGCUACAGUUGUAUUUAUUAUUCUUAACCACUAUUUGGCAUUCAGCUAUUUCGCUACAGUAUACCAUACGUUUUCGGAGGUACUAGCAUAUUUCACAUUGUUUCUGUGGUUAGUACCAUUUGCUUUGUUUGUUUCUCUGUCAGCCAAUGACAAUGUGUUACCUACAAGUAUAUCAGAAGGAACAGAUACGGACGUUGUAUCGAAUUACUUCUCCAAAAGAAAAAAGAAGGUCGGUUUGCUAACAGCAUUCAACUACGCAAAAGACUCAAUUCUGCCAUUAAGAACAAAGAAAGGCUUUUAAAAGACAAAUGUUCAUAGUUAUAAAUAAUAAUUUAUUACAUUUUAAUGUAUACUCUUUAACUUAUAAAAAAACGGAUUUGUUUUCUGUUUGUAAUAAACUCUU